AUGGGCGAGCAUAAUCUCCUUAAUCCAGGGUUUGUGGGACCUUUGGUAAACAUCCACACUGGAGACACGUUUUACUUCCCGAAUUUUCGAGCUUCAGGGGGACAACUGGCGGGGCUACCGUCUCUCUCCUACCCGAGAAGGGACAAUGUUUGCUCCCUCCCGUGGAAUCCUUCGGAGCCGUGCAAUGGAUACUCUCAAUCCUACUUUAGCAGCCCCGUGUCUAUUAACCCCUCUUUCAACCGCUCGUGUGAAAUUAGCAGACCAGAAGAGGGCAAAUGUUACUAUAACAACGGCAGCGGCAGCAGGGAGACCUGCUCAGGUGGCAGCAGCAGCCUCAAACGAGAGGACAGGGCGAGAGACACAUCAUCAUUAACAUCUGACCACGGGAUGCACGCUGGGAUUGGCAGCACGGCCGCCUUCUCCAAAUAUGAUUAUGGAAGCGAGCAGCUAACGCAAGACCCGCCAUCCUGUCAGUCAAUGGAGUCCGACUCCAGUUCCUCGCUGCUCAACGAGGGCAGCAAGCCCUCAUCCAGCGACACACAGACCCUGGUGUCACCGGGGAGCCAUGCGAGCAACAUAGCCGUUGGCGGAGGUGAGUGCCAUUUUUUCCCACAUCACAAUUAUUAGAAACACACUCUCAGAUUAGUGGAAGAGGGGGGCUGCACGUAUAGCGUACACCGGUGGUAUUACAGCGUCAUUAGAGCUCGUUAUCUUGAUGCACAACUUGCAGCCUUCAUUAGCCUGCAGGGUGCUUGCGUGUUGCGCAAACGCCGCUAGGGGUUGCCCUAAAAUACCUCAAGCGCCAUGUGGUUGUGUACAGUUUGCAGAUAACCUCACCAAACCGGACUGCCAACCCAACCUGAAUAAAAGAUCAACCUUUGCAACAUUUCAACGAACCCCUUUGACAAUACGUGCAAGUUUUCCUGUAUUCAGUUUGGUCUGAUCUGACAAACUAGAGCAUUGAUUUAAAGAGACGAGGCGCCUUGGUUGGCUGCAUCAGAUAGAGAGUUUUCCUUUUUAAUGACUCGUAAACAGAAUUAAUAUCUGACGCUGUGUACUCAAGAGUCAUUUAAUAUGCUUUGAAAGUCGCAAAUAAGAAGAGGCAUUUUCACCCACGUCUUAAUUAUCACGUUUUAACAGCGACUGUAAAAGUUCAUGUGACACAAACCGCUGGACAUUGUUGGUCCUUAAAGAAAGGGGUUUGGAAAUAAGCAAAAAUAAACACCCCUGCUCCAUGGGUUGAUAAAAAUGAGAGGUUUGGGGUGAAUUCUACAAGACUGGACUGCCUGAGCCUUCAGUACACAGAUCAAAACAGAUCCAGUUUGGCUGUGUGGAAAGUGACAGCUUGUACGGGGAUUUAUGUCUUUAAAUCUUAUUGGAGGAGGUUUUAGUAUCAGGGAUGUUUUGCAGAACUCAGAAAUGACUCUGAGACUGCAUGUGCCCGGCAGCAGAAAGGGUUUUUUAGACUAGGGUUCUGUAUUUUUUAUUUUGAUGAAUGUAUCUUUUAGUUAGAAACAUCUUCAAAAUGAAGCUUGAGUGGAUAAUAAGUUUACUCCUCAUGCAGCUUCCACGGUAAACACUAAAGCGUGCCUUGGACCCCUGACGCCCCUGUAGCCUCCUCAUAACCUUGGAUUUGACCGUGAUUUUGCAACUGUGGUGACUAAUCCGCUGUAUGCCCCCCUCCUCUCCUCCUCAUCUCCUCCCCCUUCUCCUCCAGCUGCCCCGUGGUACCCGAUGCACACCCGGACCAGAAAGAAGCGCAAGCCGUACUCCAAACUGCAGCUGGCUGAGCUCGAGGGUGAAUUCAUGAUGAAUGAAUUCAUCACCAGACAGCGGCGGAGGGAGCUCUCCGACCGUUUGAACCUCAGCGACCAACAAGUCAAGAUCUGGUUCCAGAACCGCAGGAUGAAGAAGAAGAGACUCAUGCUGAGGGAGCAAGCUUUGGCCUACUUUUAG